CGGCACGCACUACAUCAAGUCGCUGCACCAUAUAGUGCAACAAGCCAUCCGAAUACAAACACGCUAGCAAAACAAAUCGGCAACGAUACAAUCUACCGUACUUGGAACAAGCAACCUUCCGUUAAAAGCUUCAUCGAAUCAAAGAGUACGCAUAGUGGACGACAUGAAUCGUGCAUUCCGAUACGGGGAAUCGCCUUUUUCGUGUUCACCGACAAGCACCAGGGACACCGCCUACAUAGUAGAAAAGAGUCCGACCAGAGGCGGCAAAGCAACCAUUUCUAUGAUGCCAAACACGACGAAUGCGACAACCAGCACGACAAAGAAACUGCCCCGUUUCCACUGCUCGGAGAAAAACCACAAAUACCAAUCGACGGUGGAUGCUCCCUCGGCUACGACCGGAAGCCAAAGGAGCAUCGCGGUCCCGCAGUCGCUUGCGAACCUAAGGAGUCAGCUGAAUUAUUCGUCUUCAUCGUCGGUGACGUCGUCCUCGUCCUCGUCCUCGUCCUCGUCGUCUUCACUGGAGGGAGGUAAUGUCAUCGCGUUGCACACGAAUAACAAUGCAAAUGAUUUUGCUGUGCAGGACCGAAGAAACAACAACAACAGCAGGAACAACAACAACAAUACAAUGCCAAGAAGGAGGCUUCACACUAACAGUUUUUCACCGUCCGUGACACAACGGCAAACCCAAAAGCAUCCAAAAGAACAGCCACAGCACUACCAAGAGCAACAAUACCAUGCACAACAAGGCAUUUUUCGACGGCGUGCCGUACCGCUACACUACGAACAACGCCCUUUCAAGCAGCAACGGAGUAUGUCUCAGAGCCCCCACCGCCCCCGAGACACGUUGCGAAUAUCUCCGGAACAACGGGGGCAGCAGCAACGCAACACCAAAGAACCAUCCACUAGCAGCACAGCCAACAUAGCAAUGCUCAUGUUGCCGAAUUUCCAGGAUCCUUCUUCGUCUACGGAGCAAGUCUCCGAUGCUCCCCCGCCCCCACCCCUGUGGACGGAAGGAUUCGCGAAGGGCCUGGCAGAUUCCAUUGCACGAACACCGCAGCCCCUUGGCGCCAACAGGGCGCGGCGAAAAUUUUGGUCUCGUCUGAAACCCCAGGAUAUCAUCCGAGUUUCCUCGCUCAGCGAGGACAGCUGCGAGGAUACCAGCAAUACCGGGAGUGCCUAUUUUGAAGACGAAGACAAGCACGAAGACGACAACGGGGUGCUCGGAUGCGGAUCUUUCUCGAGUGUGACGAGGAUCUGCGUCCGUGGAAAGGGGACCAAGCAGUAUGCCCUCAAGCACCUCAAGCAGGACUUGCUUCCCCCGAGGCUGUCCGAGGACUGCCUGACGAACGGCUCCACCGCCGCCUUCGAGAGGGCGGCAAGAGAACUCGCACGGGAGGCGAAUCUCCUGUCCCGCUUCGGGAACGAACACCCACACAUUAUCAACAUCGUGGGUUGGACGGACGGUGGUGCCGCCUCCUAUGCGGCCUAUAUGAGGCACGAUGCGUUCUUUCUGGUUCUCGAGUUGCUGCAGGAAGAAACCCUCGACGACCGCAUAGAGCGCUGGAACCACGACGAUGCCCAGCUCCGGCAGAAACAAACGGUGGCGACAAACCCGGACAAUCCGAGGCUUCAUUUCAUUCGGCGGAAGAUCGAACAACUGACGAUCUGCAAGCAGAUCGCGGACGCUCUUUCCUACAUCCACUCCAAAAACAUUGUUUACCGAGAUUUGAAACCCCAAAACAUCGGAUUUGCGAUCCCGACCAAGAAGACCAGCAGUGUCGCGAACGACGGUGACAGCAACAACGUGGUGGUCAAGCUCAUGGAUUUCGGACUCGCGAGGGAACUCCCCACGAGUGGAACGAUUCUUCCCAAGCAGCCACAGCAACAGCAACCAGCUAGAUCUCAACCACCGCGAUCUCCAAACAAAAACAACAAAGACCCGACAUUUUCAACCCCUUUCAACGGACUGUUCGACAUGACCGGUACGGUCGGGACGCUGCGAUACAUGGCACCCGAGGUGUGCAUGCACCGUCCCUACGGACUGGAAUGCGACAUCUAUUCGUGGAGCAUUGUUGCCCAUGAGAUCCUAUCGCAAACGAGACCCUACGAAGACAUGACCCCCGAUAUGUACCAGACCUUGGUUUGCUUGCAAGGCGUGAGGCCCCAGAACGGUAGCAAUGGCAGGGGCAUGCCCUCCGAAUACACGGUCCUGCUAACCCAGGCCUGGAGGACCGACCCAUCGAAGCGGUUGCGUCUGGAUCGGAUCAUGCGCCAGCUCGAUUUGUUCCUGCAAAAAGAAAAACUCAUGCUGGAAGCCCAGGAGCUCCUAUUGGGCAUGCCCGAGAGCAACGAAUCGCCCCUGUCGCUUUCCCUCUCCUUUGCAGAGAGGAGCAGCACCAGCAGCCGGAGCCACCAUCACCGCCAUACGCGCGGAAUCCAUUGCGGAUAUCGUGUGCGGUCUCCCCAGUACCGAGGUGGAAAGGCGAAAUACGGCAAUAGCAGCAGCAGCAGCAACGGCAACAAACGAAGCCGGAAUCAAUACAACGGGGGGAACAAAUCGCACAAUGGUGUUAUCUUCCCAAAUUCUACGAUGCACUGCUAUGACAGUGGCGGCGUUUCACCAUCCCCCCCCGCUUACAGCUGUGUGUCACCAACACGCCCUUCUUUGCCGUCUCUCGGCUAUACAUAUAGCAGCAGCCACAACGGAACGAAUCACGAAGGCGAAACCAACCAUUAUUACGGCAGAAACAACAGCAGUGAAAAUUUGUUCCGACGGGAGCAGCAAAUCCACUUGGAACAAUCCGCCGAGAAGGCCGCGACCAUAAGUCCGGAUCCCUGUUACUACCAGCUGAGACAAUCCCAACAGCAGCACCCUUAUCGCCACCAACAACACCGACAAGACCCGAUGAUUCCUCAUCACCAAAAGCAACACACACGAAAACCAACACCGAAUUCUUUCCAUUCACCGCAGCGGCCGGUUGAUACAAGUAUCUCAAUCGAUAACCAAAACAGAGGUGGGCAAUGGAACCAAAAAGAGCAGGGGUACUAGUUCGUGCGGACAACGGUAGUUUACGAAAGUUGGGAACAACGAGUUUCGUUCGUGAACAUCCAAUACUGGAGCAGAGUAGAAACCAAAUUUCUGGAAAAGCUCUUCUAGCUGCUGUUCCUGGAUUGAAUCUAUUAUGUAAUUUUAUCACAAACCCAAUCCCAAACUGGUUACGAUUCUAGCUGUUUUCCAACAAUAGAAAAUGUGUAUCAGU